AUGUCCCUAGCCUUCUUAUUCAAGAAGACAUGGCAUCCUUCUACUCUCCAGAACUCGGAGAAGGUCUGGAUUGCCGAGCAAAAGGAUGCGGCGGAGAAGAAGCGGAUCGAGGAGCUCACCAAGCAGGUUAGGGAGGAGCAGCAAGUUCGAGAGCUGGAGGAGAUGCAGGCUGCCGGCGGCCACGGUCCAGAGCGCAAGCAGCGCAUCGACUGGAUGUAUGAGGGCCCCAUGCAGUCGGCGCAGGACCAGGAGGCGGAGUCGAACGAGUUCCUCAUGGGGAAGAAGUUCGAGAUGAAGGACAAGGGGACCAGCGAACUCAAGACGAUCGAGGAGACCAAGGCGCCGGGCACGCUCUUCGCGGCCGCUCCGGCCACCACGGCCAACGAAGCCUUCCGCCGCGUCAACGAGGAUCCCUUGUUGCGCAUGAGGAAGGCGCGCAUGGAGGCUGAACAGAGCGUGGUUAACAACCCGGUGAAGAUGAGCAAAAUGAUGCACCAGCUGCAGGCGGAGCUUGAUGCCAAGGCGGAGAAGAAGCGAGCGAAAAAAGACGCGAAGAAGGCAAAGAAGGACGCGAAGAAGCACAAGAAAAAGGACAAGAAGGACAAGGAAAAACAGCAGCAGCAACAGCAGCAUCAGCACACGAGCGGCAGGGGCGGUAGCGACGAAAGCGACCGAGACUCCGAUGACAGUCGCCGCCACCACCACCACCACCGCGACAGGGGAGGGCCAAGGGUGAGCGAUAGCCGAGGCGAUCAUCGCCGCGGCUCUGAGCGAAGGAGCGAUGGCGCUAGCGGAGCAAGAGCAAGUCGCUGGGGGGACCCCGACACAAUGGCGGCGGCGAGCGGAGGUUCUGGGAGGCGGGGCGGAGGAGACGCCGCGGGUGACGGGAGGGAUAGAAGGCGCACGGACGAGUGGAGGGGCGACCGGAGGGGGGACGACCGCCCGCGCUCUUCCGAGCGCGGCAGCGGGAACGCACGAAGCGAGAGGGAGCGAGGGCGGGGGCGUGGCGGCGGGGGUGGCGACUCCCCUCGCCGGGGAGGAGGAGGAGGAGGUCGGGAGCGUGGUACUACCAGGCGGACGAACCAAAGCGCGUCCCGCAGCAGGAGCCGGAGCCGAAGCCGGUCGCCGCCGGCGAGGCGCGAGAGGGGCGGCGGCAGAACGGAGGAAAGGGGGGACCAGCGACACCACCACGAGCAGAAACGGCAAAGGAAACGCGCCCGCAGCCGAAGCAAGAGCCCGCCGAAAGCUAGGCGUGCAGCGACAGACAGUAACAGCAGCAGCAGCAGGGGCGGCAACAACAGCAACAACGCGGGUGCCGCGGAGGGUAAGCGGUACGGGCUUGUGGCGGGCGGGGGCGGGGGCGGGGGCGGGGGCGGGGGCGGUGGGGGCGGAGGGAAGUCUCUGGGGCCAGCCGCGGCGCUGUUGGACGCGAAGGAGAGAGAGAAGAAGGAUAAGGAGAAGGUGAGGGCGGACGCGCGGAAGCGACGAACGAUGACGCCGGAGGAGAAGAUGCGACGGCUGAAGGAGAUGGAGGACGACGGUACCCGCAAUCAGGAGCUAAAAAAGCAGCGCGUAAAGGAGGGUAGACACGCCGACGCGAGAGGGAGAGGAGGAGGCGGCAAAGCGGGGGAGGACGGCGGUGGCGGCGGCGCCGACGCGAAGUCGAAACCGAGCUUCCUGGACAAGAUGCGGGGCGAGCAGGUUGACGCCAUGGGGCUAGAGGAGCGCAUGAAGCGCAACAGGCACUACCAACAGCGUGGCGCCGACGUGCACAACUUCAUGGACCGGGGUUGA